UUUAGUGGCGUCUAAGCAGGUUCAUCCGGGUUUCAAACGGACGAGCUCUAAUUGACGCGGCGUGGGCCCGUGCUGACAAUUUUAGGAACAUGUACCCCGGACGACAAUCUCGCAAAGAAGAAAAUGAGAAUGGCGGGUGAGACGCUCGCCACAGGUGCUUUCCAAUCAAUUAAUAGGAGCAGCGUCCGCUCGUCUCGCAAACUAGUUGCCCCUUUCCGCCACCGUCUACUGCAAGGACAAGAUGAGCAACGUAAAGCGAGCUCCUGCCAGCACGCCCGCGACGUGGCACCUCAAGGACCCGUCGACGUGGAACUUUGCACAGCGCUCCAUUGUGCUCCUCGACAUCAUCCAGGACCCGGCAGGCUCGGCACGGCCGCCCGUGCACGCCAAGGAGGACAAAGUGCCGGUGUAUCCCGUCUGGAGGCAGCAUGCGUUUGUGCUCCCGCGCGCCCUGCCGCCGCUGCUCAUCCACUGGGCCCUGAUGCGCUAUGCCCGCAUCACGCUACACCCGGCCGCUGCCGUCGUCUUCUAUGCGGCAAGCUUCCUCACCUUUGGCGUGAGCCUGUUCAAGAUGCUGCGCCGCAUGGGCAAGCACUAUGGCUUUUUCGACGGUACAUCCGAAAGAGACGGCGUGCCAGACACCCACGGCUGGAAGGUCGCCCUGUCGCUGCUGGGCGUCAUUACGGUGCGGCCCAUCUUUGCUGCCUUUGCUGCCUAUGACCGCUACGAGAUGCCAAGCGUGACGUGGAAGACGCCGAUUGACAUCUGCGCGUUCUGCAUGAUCCUCGAUUUCUGGUUCUACUGGUACCACCGUUCGAUGCACGAGAUCUCGUGGCUGUGGCCCCUGCACCGUCUGCACCACACGACCAAGCACCCGAAUGCCACGCUCGGAGCGUACGCCGAUGUGUUCCAGGAAUGGGGCGACAUCCUCUUUAUCCCCCUGCUCACCUGGCUCGUCUUGCCCGUCGACUUUACGACAUGGUACCUGACGACAUGCUACCUCCUCUACACAGAGGCAAGCGGGCACUCGGGCAUUCGGCUUUAUUGGGGAGUUCCCACUACGUUCUUCCUGCGCUACUUCGGCGUCGGGAUGGAGCUCUGCCUCGAAGACCACGACAACCACCACUUGCGGGGCUACCGCUCGUCUGGCAACUAUGGCAAGCAGACAAGGAUGUGGGACACCUACUUUGGUACGGCGCGACCCCGUGGCGAGUCAAAGGAGUCCAACCUCGACUGGGACCACCCGGCCGUGACUCUUUAGAAAGGAGUCCAGACUUCGACUGGGACCAUC